AUGGCCUCGGACCCCGGCAUUCCCGACACCCAGCACCUGUCCGUCUCGGAGGUAGAGGAUUUGUACAAUGCUGCUCUGGCCGACGUCCAGGAGGCAGUGACCGCUGAGCAGCGAAAGGAAAGAGGACAGCGACUGGCCGCCCUCUCCAAGGCAUUGCGAGCUGCCAAGCGGAAGCCGGCUGAAAAAACCAAGAGGCCCGAGUGGCUGAGCUAUCCCGAGCCGACGGCUCUCCCCCGCUGCCCUGAGGACCAAAGGUACGUGAGGAGCUACAGAACCGACGAUGGUCAAGGAGCCAAAGAGUUCUUUGAGCAGUACGGCUUCGUGGUUUUCCGUGACGUCCUCGAGCCAGCUGAGUGUGAAGCUACUGUGUCCGAAAUCUGGACAUCUCUGGAGGAGCGCACUCCAGGCCUCGAGCGCGACGGGCCAGAGACCUGGUCAUUGUUGUCAUCAGAGCGCUAUGGGCUGCCUGAAGAGCAG